AUUUAUAGGAAGUGGUUUGCUUUAGCCAUUAGAAAAUUAGAGAUAGGAUUCGAGGGCCGAAGCAAUUCAGACAUAACAAUUCGACACACAUUCGUUCAUUCAUCAAAUCGAAUUAUUCUAUUCCAAAUGACAGUGUCACUUACAAUGGUUUCUUCAACUUCAACCAUGUUGUUGUAUCCUAAACUAGGAACAUGUUCAUUGUCACUGUCCAAUUGUACAACUUCACAUUCAAAAAUCAAACAUUUUCAUCUCUAUUCAUUGUUAUCUCCAUUGGGUCGACGCCUUUUCUCACCUUGGAAUGGUUUGAAGCGUCUGGGUCUCUCAACUAAACCCAAAAAACCCCUUUUUCAUAUAGAUAGAAAGGGUCGGUGUAAGGGUAAAGUGGUUUAUGCAUCUCUCUUUGGAGUUGGAGCACCUGAAGCUCUGGUAAUUGGUGUCGUUGCUUUGUUGGUUUUUGGUCCUAAAGGUCUUGCUGAGGUUGCUCGAAAUCUGGGAAAAACAUUACGUGAAUUUCAACCUACCAUUAGAGAGAUCCAGGAUGUUUCAAGGGAAUUUAAAAGUACACUUGAACGGGAGAUUGGGCUUGAUGACAUUUCAAACCCAACACAGAACACAUAUUCUUCCAAUCUACGCAACACCGCCACAUCAACUCCACCAUCCACCAAUAGCUCUCAGAUUGCCGUUGACCCUAAUGGGAAGCAAGAUCCAAGUAGAGCAUACAGCACUGAGGAUUAUCUUAAGAUUACAGAGGAGCAGCUAAAGGCAUCUGCUGCUGCACAACAGCAGGAGCAGACACCCCCUCCUAAAGAAGCCGAAAUUGAACUGCAAAUCCAGUCUCCUGCUAAUGAAACAGCUGCUACUGUGCCACCACCUCAGAAACCAGAAAGUGAAUCUUUACCUAUGGAUUCAUAGGAAGUACAAAGUAACUUGUCCAAUUAUCAGUUCAUUACCUGGAAUUUGGGCAACUACUGGUAUUGGUGAUGAGAAAAUGAAUGAGUGUCACUCAAUUUUGUUGCCUCUUAGUCAUUUAAAUUGUGUAAAAAAGUAUAGAAAAAUGUUAACAUGUAGUGUGCUUAUAUGAAUUUGUUGUAGUCACUUUUAAAGUUGAGCA